AAUAAUAGGAAUAGAAAGUAAGAUAUGCUUGACUUGUUUAGCAUAUUUCGUAUAAGGUAUAAUUAAAUUAAAUGUGAAAUUAGACACAAUGAAGUUGCAGAUCAGUUGGUUAGAUGAUUUCAUUAGUCCCAAGCCCCACCCAUGUUCGAAUCCCUCUUAGAACUUGAUUUUUUAGCAAUACAAAAUGCGGAGUACAGGAGUAUAGAUUUUCUUUUCAGGCUUCAGCUUUCCAAUUCCACAAUCCCACACCGGAGGGAUAGAGGCGCUCCACUCUUCCCAAACUCUAUAUACAAAGUAUUUCUUAUCUCCCUUCCUCAAUGAAUAAAUCGCCUCCAGCGGUAAAUGGAUCAUGAGAUGGGCUUGAUCCGCCUUUAUCCGCGCCUUGUGGGUAGGCGAGGCGUUUGGCCCGCGCCUCACGCUUAGGCCCGCCUUUGCGGCGCCUUUUGAGGCCUUUUAGAACACUGAUUAUAAGUAAUAUGGUAUUAUAUUGCUUCAGGCAAGUAAUGAAGCAACAGAUCUUGGUAGACCUGCAAGUGUGAAGAGGCCUGCAAGUGUGGCUUUCUCUCAAAUUACCAACACUACAGAAAUGAACCCACCUGCAAGUGAAAGGGAAAAUAUUGAUAGGAGUAAGUCUAAACUUCCAUGUAGAAGAACAGGCAGCUCAAAAGGUAACCAACCAGUCACAGGUUUUGGAUGCUAUGUUGAUGUAAACACUGGUGCAAAGAUUGUAAAUCCCGGGAUGACUAGUGAGCAAGUAGUUUGUCAAAUGCAGCCUCCACUCGGACAUGACCCUGAUGUUAGUGUGAGAUUUGUUAUUCCAAAUGAGAGGGAAAUUCGAGCUACAGGCAGGGUUGUUGAUAAGCAGGUUGAUGUCCCAGCAUAUAGGACCAUUUCUUUCAAGGGUGAUGGAGCCAAUGUUAUAAAUCCAACCAACUUGCCCUUUCAGCCACCCGGUUUGCAAUGGAAUGGGAAGAAAGCUGUCACCGCACGCCAUUUGUUAAAGAAGUUGCAGAAGAAGAAGGGUUCAUCUUCCCAGACUACAUGAUAUUUAUUAAAGAUGCAAAGAAGGAGAUGUUUUGUAAUUAAUCAUUUUUUGGAACAUAUAAAUGCUGGCCUGUUUUUUUGCUAUAGUAGUAGGUGG